CGAAAUCCUAAAUCCUAGUUCAACAAUUAGCCUUCGCCGUUUAGCCCUGCGACUCAGCCGUCUCCCUGUCUUCCCGCCGGCGGUCGGCCUUAGUCUUCUCCGUCUGGCGUCUGCUACUCUGCUCCGAUUCCCUUCGGCUUUUUCUAACCCGCAAAGGCCCAAACCAAACAUCAGAGGUGAAGGUUUCUGUCACUUUUCCCUCAAUCUCUGUAUUCUUCCCAACUCUUCCUAAUUUCCUUUUAUUUACGAAAUACGAAAUCUUGCUAUUGAAGAAUAGAACGAUUUUAGCUUUUGAUUUCGACUUGCGCCUCAUUGUUCUUUCAAUUUAAUGGCUCAAUGUCGGCGACUCAAAAUCGCACCGGAUGCAAGGAGGGAUUUAAUAAGUGCCUUGCCGGUAGAGGUAAAGGACAGAAUAUUGGAAUGUUUGCCCACUCGAGACGCCGCCAGAGCUGCUGUGCUCUCAAAGAGCUGGAAUGAUGUUUGGUUGCAGCAUGGGCGGCUUGCGUUCGAUUGGGAUUUCUUGCUAACUGUCCCACAGUGCCGAGAUAAUUAUGCUAGAACCCUCGUUAACAUAAUCAAUAAUAUCCUCUUUUCCCGUGUUUGGCCGGUUAAGAAAUUUACUCUACAGAUUUCAUAUAAUGAUCCUUGGCCGGCGCAGUCUGAUAUUGAUAGGUGGUGUCUUUUUCUGUCAAGAAAUGGUGUGGAGGAACUUAACAUAAGUUUAGAUAGUAGUGAUGAUUGGGAGGAAUAUAAGCUUCCAUUUUGUUUACUCUCUUGCAGGACAAUUAAGCAACUGAUAGUCCGAGGUCCCUCUAUUGAUUUGCCUGUAAAUGCUUGUGGUAUAUUUUCCAAUGUCACUUCAUUAGCUUUCUAUAAUGUUGAAUUUAAGUGUAGUGUUAGUGGAAUUGGCUUUAGUAUUAGUUUUCCUAAUCUUGAGAAGAUGGCUUUUGGAUAUUGUCGAGGGAUCGAUAAGUUUGAGAUUGGCCAGCCAAAGCUUGAAAUGUUGUCUGUUAUUGGUUCUAUGUAUGAUGUAGUUGAUUCAAGAUGGUUGGCACCGCAUAUGAAAGCCAUUAAGACUCUUUGGUUGAGUGACUCUUCGUUGUGGGGUAUGGAUGUAUCUGCGUUUCCAACUGCAAUAAAUUUGCAAGUAAUGAAGUUAUAUGAAUUAAAUUUUGGUCUUCGGAAGCACCUCGUUGUUGCUAUGCAAUUGCUUCAAAAAUGCCCCAACCUAUGUGAACUGCGGAUUAUUGCAAAUGAGUUAGGUUGGAAGGAUGACAAAGAAGCUGCUUCAAGGCUUUUGGAGGAUCUGAACGGUGGCUUUGUUAUUCAAGAGCUGAAGAUGCUUAACACAAUCAAGAUUGAAUCAUUCCGUGAAUCCGCAUUCGAAAUGCUUUUUAUGAAAAUGCUGCUCUCAAAAUCCCCUGCGCUAGAGAGAGUUGUUAUUGUGAAUUCUUGGGGUACGAAUGCCUCCCGGGUGAGAAAAAUCCAAAGGAAGUUGGAAUGUUUCCCUCGUGCAUCUCCAAACGCACAAAUUGUCUGCAUGGGUUAUUAUGCGUCUAUGCGUGAUGAUUGGAUGGAUACCCAUGGUUUUGUCCUUUCAAGAUCCAUAGUGUAUGAGUGAUGAUUGGAUGGAUACCCAUGGCUUUAUCCUUUCAAAAACUUACUAUUGUGAAUUUCCAUGGGGGUUCAAUUUGGGUACAACUUAGAAAUGUAAGCAAUGGUUUCGUUGGAAGUUGAAAUGUUUUCAAAGUUGUUCAGCAUGAGGUAUUUGUAAUCAACAAGCAGUCUGCGCAAGAAUGGUCCUCUAUUUGCUUUUGUUAAUAAAUUACUUCAACUAUGCUGCC